CAUCCGCGCCAGCGUGCGGAGGAGGAAGCUCCAGCAGCAUCAGCGCGACGGCACAACUUCAUAGUCUGUCACUGCUUUCCACAAUUCUGCAAAGUUCUCCCCUGUAAACAACCACAGGUCUACUCAUCGGUGACUGUAAUCAUGGCAGAAGCCCACCAGGCAGUGGCCUUCCAGUUCACGGUGACCCCAGAGGGCAUUGAUCUGCAGCUGUCCCACCAGGCCCUCUCGGAGAUCUACCUCUCUGGUGUGCGCUCCUGGAAGAAGAGAGUCAUCAGAAUCAAGAACAGUGUGAUAACAGGAGUGUACCCCGCCAGUCCGUCCUCUUGGCUUUUUGUGGUCAUAGCAAUCCUGGCUACCAUGUACACUCGCUCCGACCCCUCCAUGGGGAUCAUAGCCAAGAUUCAAGAGCACCUACCAGUCAGCCAGUCGAUGAGCUCCCAGUGCCAGGCUGUGGUGUCGGCGGUGCUCUUCAGCACCAUGCUGUGGCUGAUGCUCAUCUUCACCAUGCGCCUGUGCCUGAAGCAGCUCCUCUCUUACCACCGCUGGAUGUUUGAGCAGCAUGGCAAGAUGUCAACCACCACCAAAGUCUGGGUGGCCCUGGUGCGGAUCUUCUCUGGCAGAAAGCCUCUGCUCUACAGCUACCAGGGUUCGCUGCCAAACCUCCCGUUGCCCACCAUCAAGGACACACUCAAGAAGUACUUGGAAACAGUGCGUCCGGUCAUGAAUGAUACAGAGUACGAGCGAAUGACCAAUCUGGCUGCUGAUUUCCAGAGCAGCUUAGGGAACCGUCUGCAGUGGUAUCUCAAACUCAAAGCUCUCUGGGCCUCAAACUAUGUUAGUGACUGGUGGGAGGAGUAUGUGUACCUACGUGGACGAAGCCCAAUCAUGGUCAACAGCAACUACUACGGCAUGGACUUCUUGUAUGUGACUCCAACACCCAUCCAGGCGGCCAGGGCGGGGAACAGCAUUUACGCAUUUUUCUUAUAUCGCCGCAAACUCAACAAAGAAGAACUCAAACCUAGUUGUAUCCCAGGUACUGUCAUUCCUCUGUGUGCAGCUCAGUGUGAGAGGAUUUUCAACACCACACGCACUCCUGGAGAGGAGACUGAUACUGUGCAACAUUGGCAGGACAGUGACUACAUAGUAGUGUACCACAACGGUCGCUACUUCCGUCUCAGAGUCUACCAGGCCGGCAGACUCCUCUCUCCAAGGGAGAUUGAGCUCCAAAUUCAGAGGAUCCUUGAUGACCCUUCACCGCCCUGCGAAGGGGAGGCUAAACUUGGAGCUCUAACUGCUGGAGACAGGAUUCCAUGGGCCAAAGCCAGGACAACAUAUUUCAGCAGUGGGAUCAAUAAACGCUCCCUGGACUGCAUUGAAAAGGCGGCCUUCUUUGUGACACUGGAUGAUGAGGAGCAAGGCAUGAUGGGAGAUGAUGCGGCAGCUAAUUUGGAUCGCUAUGCCAAGUCCUUGUUGCAUGGGAAAUGUUAUGACAGAUGGUUUGACAAGUCGUUUUCAGUGGUUUACUUCAAGAACGGGAAGAGUGGCAUAAACGCAGAGCACUCAUGGGCCGACGCACCAGUGGUGGCGCAUGUCUGGGAGUAUGUCCUCGCCACUGACAGUUUCCAGCUCGGGUACAACGAAGAGGGUCACUGCAAAGGAGAAGUAGAUUCAUCACUGCCUCGACCUCAGAAGCUGAACUGGGAAAUUCCUCCAGAAUGUGAGGAGCAGAUCUCCCAGUCUCUGGCAGUGGCCAAGGCCUUGGCCGAUGAUGUGGACUUCAAAGUGUUCUCCUUCAGGGAGUUUGGCAAAGGAAAGGUCAAGAGGUGCAGAGUCAGUCCCGAUGCCUUCAUUCAAAUGGCUCUUCAGCUGGCCUACUACAGGAACCGGGAGACUUUCUGUUUGACAUAUGAAGCCUCCAUGACCCGUCUGUUCAGAGAGGGCAGGACUGAAACUGUUCGCUCCUGUAGCAAUGAGAGCGCGGCCUUUGUUCGAGCACUGGAGAAUGGAGAGGGUGGAGAUGUCUGCAGACGUUUGUUCCGCGCAGCGGCUGAAAAACAUCAGCAGCUGUACCGCAUGGCCAUGACUGGAGCUGGUAUUGACAGACACCUCUUCUGCCUCUAUGUGGUCUCAAAAUACCUUGGAGUGGAGUCUCCUUUCUUGAAAGAGGUGCUGUAUGAUCCGUGGAGGCUGUCCACCAGUCAGACCUCAGUCCAGCAGGCGGAGCUGUUUGACCUGGUCAACCACCCAGAGUACAUCUCCUGUGGAGGUGGAUUUGGACCGGUGGCUGAUGACGGUUAUGGAGUGUCUUACAACUUCUUGGGUGACACCAUAAUUAACUUCCACAUCUCGUGUAAACACUCGUGUCCUGAAACUAAUUCCCACAAGUUUGGAGAUCAGAUCCGAACAGCCCUGCAGGAUCUGCUGCAGCUGCUUUACCCCAACCAAAAGCAGAACAAUAAAACGGAGGAGAGUCAACCGAAGUUCAAGAAAGAGCAGUAACUACUCGACAAGAGAAAGGAUGCUGAAAAGAGGGAAGACUGUGAUGAAGAAAGGAAAUGCAGGUUUUUGUAUUUUGAGCAUUAUGAAAGUCAUACGAAGUGGAUGAUAUUCAAGAGAUGGCUUCUUGGUACAAAAAAAUGGUAUGGAAAAAGAUGUUUUUACUGAUGAGUAGAUAUUUGUGUAUCCUUGAUUUUUGAUGGGACCUAGAGAUUGAAAAUGUCCACAGAAGAACAAAUAAAGAAUUGGCUUCAUUUAGUUUUAACUGUCAGAUCAUUGGAGCUUGUUUAAAACGGAAGCCUAAAUUAUUAUUUUGAAAUUUGUUUAUUAUUAAAAAAAAGAAAAGAAAAAAGGCCAGUAUUUGUUGAACCACUCAACUUUGGGAUAGAACAUCCUAACGUCAGUAGGGAAUAACUUAAUUUAAAUUCAAGUGCAGUAUGUAAGGUCUUUGUGCCACUAAAAUUAAUCUUUGAUCUUUUUUUUUUUUUUUUAAUUGGAUUUGUGUGUUACAACUUGAUUAUUGGAGCAUUAGAAAGAAGAA